UUCCCCCCCCGGCCCCGCCGGAUGAGCAAGGCCCGGCGGCGCGGCGCGAUGGCGGGCGGCGAGCACGGGGAGGAGGCGGAGGCGGGCGGCGGGCACGGGUCCCACAAGAAGAAGCACAAGAAGCACAAGAAGAAGCACAAGAAGAAGCACCACCAUGAGGCGGGGGCGCCGCCGCCCCCCCCGGCCCCCGGGCCCGCCGCCGGCCUGCGCAAGCCGCAGCUCAAGCUCAAGAUCAAGCUGGGGGGGCAGAUCCUGGGCACCAAGAGCGUGCCGACCUUCACGGUGGUCCCCGAGGCGCCGCGCUCGCCCUCCCCGCUGAUGGUGGUGGACGAGGAAGAGGAGCCCACGGAGGGGGUGCCCAUCGAGCAGUACCGCGCCUGGCUGGAUGAGGACAGCAACCUGGACCCCUCGCCGCUGCCGGACCUGGACGCCGAGAGCUGCUUUCCCGCCAGGGAGGAGGAGGAGGAGGAGGAAGAGCGCUGGCUCGACGCCCUCGAGAAGGGCGAGCUGGACGACAACGGGGAGCUCAAGAAGGAGGUGGAUGAGUCCCUGCUGACGGCCCGGCAGAAAGCCCUCCUGCACAAGCAGCAGAGCCAGCCGCUGCUGGAGCUGCCCAUGGGUUACAAGGCGAAGGAGCUGACGGAGGAGAUGCUGGUGAAGCGGGAGGAGCGGGCCCGCAAGCGGCGGCUGCAGGCGGCCAAGAAGGCGGAGGAGAACAAGAACCAGACCAUCGAGCGCCUGACCAAGACCAACAAGGCCAAGGUGAAGACACUGCGGGAGCGCAAGGCCAAGCAGGCGCCCUGCCCCGUCGUCCACUACUGCAACGCCACCGACCGCAUCACCGUCUCCUUCCCGGCGGGCAUGGCCCUGCCGCUGCCGCCCGCCCCGGCCCCCGCCGUGCCCCCCGCCGUGCUCUGCGGCGUCGCCGGCUGCUCCAACCACAAGCGCUACUCCUGCUCCCGCACCGGGCUGCCGCUCUGCAGCCUGGCCUGCUACCGACGGAACCUCCUGCUGCAGGAGGCCGCGGCUUAGGGCCGGAGCGGGGGGUCAGGGGGGUCCCGGCCCCUCUGCUAUGGACAGAGUGGGGGGGCCCGCGGCUGUGGGGCGGCCCCGGUGGGGAGCGGGGGGGGGUUGGGGGGGGGGGGGGUCCCGGGCAGGUCCCGCGGCGGUGCCACCGCCCGGUGCCGUGGAGCUGAUUAAAGGUUUUUGGCGAAGGA